ACCCUUUUACAAUUGAAGAAGUAGCGAGAGAUUAUGGCAGGAUUUUCUUCUGCCUGACAUAUCUUCUUUAAGCUAUUUGUCUGACAAAACAAUGCCAGACAAUUCAGCGGAACACUUGGGCCAGUCUCAUUAGCAAAACAAAACGCAAAAAGCACAAAAUUCAGUGUCUUGGAAACUAAUCUUGUAAAUCAAACUCAUAAAAGUCAGAAAAGUGUGAGACUUUUUCUGCCACAUUAUCUCAUGUAUUUCUUAAAUUACCACUUACAAAUUGUCCGGACAAGAUUUACAGAUAUGUGGCUUUUUUAUUACAUUUCUCCUGUUUCAAAGCUUUUUUUUGGGGGGGGGGUAAUGAAAAUAAUGUUUUCUUGUGUUUGCUUGCUCAUGUAUUUUAUGGUCUCUUCCACCACACACACGCGUACACUCACAGGUCUGUGGCAUCGUGACUGAAUUGCCCUCAACUCGUAAUGACUUUCUUCUCGCCUGAAUGACUGGGAUUCCCGCACCAGUAAAGAUUUUAAAAUGUCCAGACAAAGGAUGUAGACAACAAAGAGUGCCAGCCCCGUACUGUUGUUCCUCUUUACAUGGUUACCAGACCCGUUGGUGCUCCCUGUGUAGUAAGAAACGGUUGUAAGAUGUUUACUAAUAGGACAUGGCCGCAGUAGGCGGUAACAUACGUGUUCCCUUGGACUCCCCUCAGUUCCCCCUAUUCAUGUGUGGAAUCUCAUUGUUGGUGGGGACAUCAUUCAAGCUGGUGUUUCAAGGCCAGAGGGAGGCUCCUAAUUCAUCAGAGCUGUAUUUCGAGGGUUGGAGUAAGAGAGGGGCACUACGUCAUGUGGUGACAGCGAGCUGUGGCGAACAGUCCCCGGGAGAUUUUACAGAGUUUCGGGGAGAGGGCCAAAGGGUAGUGGAGUGGCUGAGCUAAGAGAAACCAGAGGGAGAGUCCUUGGAAGAUGGCAUCUGCCAGUUUGGUCUGUGCCUGGUUACUGUUCACCAUGAGGAUGGUCACCUCGGCAGUGUAUCUGGAGCCUGAGGAGGAGGAGGAGCUCAACGACACCGUCAUUUGUACCAACGACCAUAUGGAGGUUGUUAUUCCCAGCACUUUCUUCCUCAACAAAGUGCCUCCAGUUUAUGUUUGGGAUUUGCAUUUAAAUGAUCCGGAGUGCCGUGGCUUUGAGGUCGGAGAUGACUACGUUUUCAGAAUCAAGACAAAUCUCUCUGACUGUGGAACAAUAAUGGCAUCAGAUGAUACACACAUCAUGUUCAUAAACACUAUACACAACAACGAUUCAGAAGUUAUUACGAGGAACUAUAUCAACAUAACAUUCGUAUGCCGCUACCCCGUAAACUACCUGGUCCAACAGCCCGACGGUGAAAACAUGAUUAGAGUUGAUGUCAGAACCAUCACUUUGAACACAGAGGAUGGGAACUUUUCCGUGUCGAUGUUGCUGUACAAAGACGAAGCGUUUGAGGACAGAUGGACCACUGUUCCAUCGCUGACGCUGGAAGACGACAUCUUUGUGAAAGUCUUCAUGAUACCGGCUCAACUGAUGCUGCGUUUGGAGAGAUGCUGGGCUACACCGACCAGUGAUCCGUACAGCAAUAUUCAGUACACCUUCAUCCGAGACAGCUGCCCAGUGUUGUCAAAUGAACAGACCCUUAGUGUGCUGAAGAAUGGCCAGGGCCCGGAGGCCACGUUCAGGAUACAAAUGUUCAAGUUUGUCGGCAGCUCUUACACCAACGUCUUCCUCCAUUGCAACGUCCAGAUCUGCCACAACACCCCGGGCCUGUGUCAGCCUAACUGUUCCAGUGAAGAUGAAUUAAUCAGGACACGCAGAGACAUCCCUCUGUCCCAUACAGUGUCUUAUGGACCAAUCAGACGACUUAACAGUGAAAAGCCCCCUCUGAUAGAUGCAGGCGGAUUACCUCAUGUGGAGACUUUUGUCCUCGGAGGGCUGCUGGUGGUCUUGCUGCUGAUCACAGGAGUGUUUGGGAGGCUGUGGUUUCGCUCAAGACGUUUCUACCCAGCGCGGGAGGCACAGCUCACUCUGUCCAACGUCCACCACAUCUCAGAGGUGGCCUCGUGAAUCAGGGGAUCAGGGACCCUUUUGAUCAAAGAAAUGGACACACAAACACAUAAACAAUGUAAAAAUACAAACACAUGUACAGGUGUGAUUUAUAAUAGUAAUAAUAAUAAUAAUAAUGAAAAUACUGAAAAUCUUGCAUAUGUUUUUCUUUAUAGAAUAAAUUUCCUGGAUUGUAAAAAAUCAGCUUAGUAAAAGGGCUCCCUCAAAUGUUGUCUCGAUUGUUAUUUUUCCAGUGGUAAAAAAGUUUGUUGUUGUACUUUACUGGAGUAUUUCUAUUUCAUGCAACUUUGUACUUCCGCUUUCCUACAUUUCAGGGGGAAAUAUUGUUAUUUUUACUCCACUACAGUUAUCAGACAGCUAUAGUUACCAUGCAUCCAGAUACAAUCUGAAUCUGCAAAGCAUUUGACUAUAAAAAAGGUCCAUUGUUAUAGAUUAAAUUGCCCAACAGUAUGAAAUAGUGAACAUUAGCUCCACCAGCAACAGCAUUACAAUGCUGUGUACACAACAAUAUAUAGUAAACAAACUGAUAAGUAAUUUGUUUUUUUAAUACUUUAAUUGCAUUACUUUUACUUGUGAUGGGAGAAUAGUAUAUGGUUUUAUUUUUACUUUUCUUAUUGUCAAAAAAUCCUAUUAAAAA